GUAGUGACCCAAAGGGCAAAAGGCACCCCGAUUGCGUUUGGGUAAGUAACCCCAUCAUCCCCCCCCCCCCCCCCCCAAUUUACACAUACUUAUAGUAAUUUUUAUUGUAAGGCGUCGCAAGAAAUGUGUCGUAGUGAAUAGAAUGGAGAACAACUUGAACUCAGAUCGUCUCCCUCCUUCUUCUUUUAAACCCACUUCUCUUCCCUCUCAUCUUGACCUCUACACUAUCCCCAGUCACUCCUUUUGGUUUUCAUGGGAUUCUAUUCACGAUACAGAAAGACUUGAGCUUCGAGAAUUCUUCGAUGGAAGUUCAUUCACUCGAACCCCCAAAAUCUACAAAGAAUACAGGGAUUUUAUUAUUUCUAAAUACAGAGAAGAUCCUUCUAAAAGACUCACGUUUACCGAGGUUCGUAAAUCUUUAGUUGGAGAUGUUUCUACUCUUAAUAAACUCUUCAAUUUUUUGGAUAAAUGGGGUUUGAUUAACUUUGGUGCUCCUCCACCCCCUCCUGUUCAACCAUGUGUUGACGAGAGUGUGAAAGUGAGAGUUGAAGAAGGGGCUCCGAUUGGUGUUCGGGUUGUUGGUACUCCUAAUACUUUAAAACCAUUGAAGGCCCCGCUAUCGGUUUCGGGUGAUGAAGGAAGGGUUGAUAAUGGGUUUAAGCUGCCACCGUUGGCUUCAUUUACUGAUGUUUUUCGCGAUUCGGGAGGAGAAAAUGGGGUUUUAUGUGGGAAUUGCAAGGAGAAAUGUGAAUCCAAGUAUUAUGAAUGCACAAAGCAGGAGAAGUUUUCAAUAUGCUUGAAGUGCUUUGAGAAAGGUGCAUAUGGAGAAAACAAGUCCGCCGAUGACUUUACGUUGAAAGAUAGUGUAGAAAGCAAUGCUAAUCAAGCAGGUUGGACUGAAGCUGAAACUCUUCUUCUUGUGGAAUCUGUCCUGAAGCACGGAGAUGAUUGGGAACUUGUUGCUCAAAAUGUGCAUACAAAGACUAAACUUGAAUGCAUUUCACGGCUUAUUGAAUUGCCUUUUGGGGAACUCAUGUUGGGCUCCCAUGGAAAGUUGCCGGUGAGGGAUCUUGUUGAUGAUGAUGAUACUUCUAUAGAGCAGAAGGCCUCAAUUGUAUCCCUUGAGAAUGAAAAGAUGGAGAUCAACCAACGUGAGGGCAAUCAACAUGAAGGCAAUCAUCUUGAGGACAGCAAUCACUUAGAGAACAAUCACGAUCAGGAGAAUGGUCAUCAUCAUGAAAUUGGUGAAAAGGAUAAUGGUGGGAACAAUGACAACCUAGAGCCACCUCUUAAGAAAAGCCGCGUUGAUUCUUUAGUUCCUAAUAGAUCUUUAAUGGAACAGGUAGCUCUCAUUUCUACCAUGGUUGCCCCUCCAAUCACAGCGGCAGCUGCUAAUGCGGCUGUAACAGUUCUAUGUGAUGGAAACCCCUUGUUGCGGGAGGUUUUCUAUACAGAUGAUACUUCCAUAGAUGAGCAGAGAUCAGGCAAUCUCAAUAAGGAAAUGGAAAGGACUUUGCAAUCCGAGGAUCUAGAAAUGAAGGACGCAUCCAAUUCUUCAGAGAUUGAAAAAUUAUCACCUGAAGGAGAUUCAAUUCCUCUAGCCCUACGGAUGAGAGUGGCUGUUGGUACCGCACUUGGAGCAGCUGCUGCUCAUGCAAAACUGUUAGCUGAUCACGAAGAAAGGGAAAUCGAACAAUUGAUGGCCUUCAUUAUUGAGACCCAGUUGAAGAAAGUCCAACGCAAAGCGGAACUCUUUGAAGUUUUAGAACGUAUGAUGGAGAAGGAACAUGCAUUACUAGAAGAGUCGAAAGAUGAUAUAAUUAGACAGAGGAUCACCACAUUGCAAACAAUAUUUAGUGAAGGAAUAUCCCAUCAGACAGAUCAUUAUCUGUAGACCGACUGUCAGGUGGUAUACAUUACGGUACACUCCUGACUCUACAUGGUUAAAAAAUCUUUUAUGGCGGAACUCUUAUCCGGUGUACCGGAAUUUAGAGCUCCUGUGAUCACCCUCGUUUCUCUGUAAUUCCAUUAGAUGUCAGAAUUUCACUGUGUUGUAUCCAUUGGUGAUCAUGUUGGCGUUUAUCUGAUUAAUCGUCACAGUGGCGCUGUUGUUUUAACUGUUAUUUCAUUAGCAUGUAAGCAGAGAUUAACUUGUUAGUUCAUAAAUUUGGCAAUUGAAUAAAAAAUAAAUUAUAGAAAAUAGAAAUGUUGUUGAUAUACGAUCCAGGGAAAAGGACACAAUUAUCAGAUAGAUUAGUGCUCACUAAAUACAUUAGUGAUCUCAUUUAUUAUAUUAAUGGCUAAAGCUUUGGGCUUUUAACGAUGGUACACCCUAUCAGACUUAUAUUAUUGGUUGGUCAACGGCGCCAAUUUUUUAUUUGAGACGUCAUAUGAAUUUGAGUAAUUUUUUUUUACUUAAUUUUCUUUUUAUUCUGUUUCAAUAAAUUUGCAUCUUUUAUUUUAGUUUGUUUUAAUGAAUCUAUUUCAUCUUUAUAUGUGGAUAUAAGUAUAUAACCCAAUAA